AUGAAUGAACCAGAAAGACCUGUUACUCCUGUCGCCGGCCCGGCUGGCCCUCCCGACGAUUCUUCUGACGAUGCCAUUACCCCAGCACCCAGGAAUGAACCAGAAAGAACUGUUACCCCUGUCACUGAUCUGGCCGGCCUUCCCGACGAUUCUUCCUACGAUGCUACUACCUCAGCACCCGGUCCAACAGUAUCUUCAACAGGCUCCAAUCACUUAGGAGACCCAUAUCGGAAGGAUAAAAUCUCCAAGGAAGAAGACCUACCGAGUAACCCUGCACAGUGGAAUCGGUGUGCCACAUCCGAGAAAGUCGGAAGGUUUAUUUUCGACUUUGGCAAGUUUCAGUCGGGGUCAAAUGUCACUUAUACCCAAUUUCUACACUUAAGGGUUAUAUGGAUCGAACACAAGGCAGAGAUCCUUGCAAAAGACACAACGCGAGGCAUUUGGCUUAGGGACGAAUACUACACAAGAGCCAGACAACUUCUUGCGUCUUGGAUUGACUGGAGGGUCUAUCUGGAUUCCUUUCAGGUGCCUAAGAACAAUCUCCACACUCUGUUUGUUGCUAACAAUGCUUUUUGGUUGACCCGACACCACAUACCAGAGUCUAUCUCUCCGAUCACAAAAGACAGGAGGCGCGAAUACCCUCCUACCAAUGACGAACAAACUGUGAACAGCGCAUUGGUUGACUUUUUAGAAGCGCUCACAAUACGCCAUGUCGAAAAUGCUAGCUGGAAUAUUGAGAGAAAGGCAUUUGAGCUGGGUGAUAAAAAGGACGAGGGAUAUGAAGCUCGAGUUGACGGACUUCUUCGUCGCCAAUCUGACGGUCGAGUGCUGGCCAUCCUGGAGGUGAAGCCAUGCGUCCGGUGCCAUCACCAGGUGGAUAUCCGAAUGCAAGAAUCUGCCCAGAUGGCUGCUUGGAUUAGCAGCUAUCCGGAUAACUCAUCCACGCAAACCUCUGCAAACUUCACGCGCCUCCUCGUAUCCCAGGACAGGCACCAAAUUUUCUUGACGUUUGCGACAUUCGAUAAGAGCUACGUCGCUUAUGUGUCAGGAAAUUUGAAAGCCAAGGUGAGACAAUCCAACGGGUCGGACUCUAACCCGUUUCUCAAAAUGAACGAAUUUGGGCCGUUCGACACGAAGUCCGAGUCUCAUAUGAGAUGCUUGGGAUAUUAUAUCCUUGCAUUUACCCUCCAGGAGUGCGGUGAGAGGGACGGGGCAGACGUCGCGGAGUAA